UCAUUCCAUCAAACUUCAAAUGUUUUGGAGAUAUGACGAGGCGAGANACCGUGUCCUUCAAAGAUCUCAUUCCAUCAAACUUCAAAUGUUUUGGAGAUAUGACGAGGCGAGAGAAGGAAAUUGCAUUGCGGUUGAUGAUAGAUAAGAAGGUCAUCGCCACUACCCGACUGGUUCCUCCAGGGAAGUUGAACAUGAGCAACCUCCUCGACAUCAUGCAACGGGAAAGAUACAUGAUGCGUCUGUUCAACUACAUCGUCUUCAAAUCGGAAAACAAAGAGGGGAAAGAAUGGAAGGGCGGGAACUUUAUCGACUACGAAGGGUUGGAGAAAAGGUUCGGUGUGAAGGCAGCCGAAUGGGAUGAGGAGAGGGAUAGAAUCCCUUUGGAAUAUGUCAGGAGGGUUCCUAAAAGACUCGGCGGAGAGCAAGAGGAAAAAGGCCAGAAAGGAGCUGGCCUGAAGGCCACUGUGGCGUUGUAUAGGGACGCACCUUUCCACUUCAAGUACUUCGUGUACCAUGCGAUUGGGAGAGUGGACUUGCUGACAGCAGAGUUGCGGCGGUUGAAGAACGCUGCCCUUAAUCUUAGCUGGGAGAAGAAACAGCGACGGUCGACAUUGCUACCRGUCAACAUGCAACCGAAGGAGUUGCUGCCUGCAGGCGACGAAAUUGUGACUGCGGCCACGAACUUGAAUUGCAAGGCGGCCAUCCUGGAUCUCGCCAACCYKAAGGACUGCYUUSUAUGGACGCCAACCGAUUUCGAUGCUCUGCGCAAAAUGAUGACGAAAUUGUGCGAGGUGCUACUCGGGACUUGGAAGCGUUAUCUCGCGUUCGGAACGGCUGUCAGCAAGUAUGGAAACUGGCAAGUCGAUUAUAAGGACACGAUGGCGGUCGUCCUGCAUGCUGAGGGGGGCGACCUCACGAAGGUAACGAGGGCUCCUAAAUCGGAGGCAGAGAUAGUGGAGUUGAACGUUGAUGAGGAGCAAUUCAAGAGAUGCACAGCAAAGCACGGUGGUGAGGAAGGAAACGAACGAGAGGUGUAUGGGCGGUGGGAACGACAUUCUAAACGGUUGCAGAAGUUGUGCAGUUCGUUUCUACACGAGGACCAGGGGGUGAUUCUUAUUGGAAAGUCGCAUGUCGGACUUGUGUGGGAGCUCCUGCGCGCUGGCCAUCAUGUUUUUGCAUGCGACUCGUCGUCAAAAGACAUUUCAUACUUGACGAAGGUCAUCGAAAUUCUCGGGAAGGAUGCGAGAAACGAAUGCACCGUUGAGAGACAGAAGACUGCGCAUCGUCCUGACAGGGACAUGUACCACAAGCUGGGCAAGAAGAGAAACAAGAUGUGGGAAUAUUUGUUUCAAGGCCAACCCAAGACGCCAUUCGAGCAUGACUACAUAGUUCGCAAAGCGAUGGCACAGGAAGCGUAUAGUGGCUACCAUAAAGCGCAAGUGGGGUCGUUUGCGAUGUUAGCAGCAAGAAGCGAACGAAUGAAGUUCGGAGGAAAUCAGUCAAUGCUGACGUACGAUGGAUACAGCAAGAUUGCCAAAGCAUAUGAUGAGUGGAAUCCGAUCAAGAGCGAUGAGGAGACUGAAACCUCAGACCUCGAAAUCGAGGAGCGAGUGAAACGUAUGCGAGAGGGAAUGGAAAGCGUGUGUGCAUGCAACGCGCCAAGCCUCCAGGAAGAAGAAGUUCGCACGAAAUCGGCGGGUGCGAGCAGUCCAACGCGUGACGUGACCGACAGGGCGAGUUCCAUUGAACACAUGCAAACGGAUUCGCUUACGCCAAUUCAAGCACUUGAGAAUGUACUGAUUCAUGACAAUCGUCAAGGGUUCCGGGAAAAGGCUCAAUCUCGAGGAAACCCGGUCAACAAAAUGUGGCCAGACGAUGACGAGGAUGACUUUGCGGUUCCAAAUGCCCUCCCGAAGCUGAUGCCCGGUAAUGAUAUCCCUGAUAGCAUUGCGCAGGCCAGUGAACAGCCGUACUUCGUUCCAGACAAGGUGCCAGAAACGACGUCUGACAAGUGGGGGGAUCACAUUUUGUGGCAUAUGGACCUAUUCGAGCCAUGCAUUGUACAGGGGAAGUGGAUGAUGGCAGUCCAUCUAACAAAAGGAUGGAAAGUCAGAGCCAGACUGGAUGGAGCCUCGUGGCUGAAAUUGGCGAAGAGCGAAAUCAUAUUUCGUGUUAGGAAAGAAAAUGACGGAGCGGAUGAAGCAGCUAUUGAGGAAAAGGCUCGAUUGCUAUUCGAAUCACAAACGACAACGGAGGAUAAUCGGAGGUGCAAAAAAGGAUGGACCGUCCACCUAGCAACAACGAAUUUGACGGAGAGAGAGAUGGAGGCGCUCACGCGGUUACGAGUGAAACUUGGGAAUAGCCACGUCAUAGCAAGUUCGUUCAACGAAGACAGAAAAGAAGAAUUAACGAUGACAGUUAACGAUUUUAGCUUGCUAAUGGUGGAAAAGAAGUGGUUGAACUCGCAGAUAGUAAAUUUUUAUCUUAACCUUAUCCGACCGGACAAUGAGUGUCGUGUGAAGCACGUUAAUUGCGACUCGAAGAGCGAAAACGUGGUUGGAACUGGGAAGGGGCGCAUUCCUACAAUAGUUGUGCUAAGCUCAUUUUUUUUUUCGAAACUAUUUGAUAGCGAUAUGAAGUUCCAGUACGAAAAGGUUAAAAUGUGGUUCACAGAGAUCGUGAUCAGCGACAUGGAUUUGAUCAUUGCACCUUUCCACGUCGCGCACAACCAGCAUUGGACACUCGUAGUGGCAGACCUACGGCGUAGGAAAAAAGAGUACCACGAUUCGCGGACGGCGGAUCGUGAACUCGCAGCGAAGGUGACAGGGGGGUUUGCAAGAUUUCUGUACAUGAGGUCGGUCGAACAAGGCAAAGAAAUCGACACUGCUGACUUCAACCAUAUAUGGGAAGUGGAAGGCAUUCCGAAGCAGCGCGACUUCAACGAGUGCGGUGUCUUUAUGCUGACAUAUGCAUCACUAUUGGCGAGAGGGUUUCUUCCACCUUUCAGGUUCACAUCAGAUGACACGAAGAAAAUACGAUGCCAGAUAGCUUUCGACGUAGCUGUUGUGGAGUAGACGAAUUUGUUCCUUUUACAUUAUAGAUGUUCAAACAAAUGUGAAACGACCAU